ACAAAAUGUGUGUGUGUGUGUGUGUGUGAGAGAGAGAGAGAGAGAGAGCGAGAGAGAGAGAGGGAGGGAGCGAGGGAGGGAGAGGAUGAACGCCAGCCCAGUCAUUCCUCUUAAAAAUGGCGUCUCGUGAACAAAAUGAGCGAAAGUAGCUGGACUGCGCUGUGAGGGAGCUGGAUCCAUGCGGACGCAGCGGCGCCGCGUACAGCAGCGCUGCUCCGGGCCUCGGCUCAGCACAGGAGACAAUAGACAGUGAAAUAUAUGGGGAGCGGAGAGGAGGGAGGAGGUGCUCCUGGCUGCUGCGACCCCCUCCCCUCCCCUCCUCUCGCUCCUUCGCCUCCCUCCAUUCCUCCCAGUCUACAGGCUCGCCAAGCGGAGAAAUAAACAGAAGCGAGCGCAGAGAAGAGAAGAGAAGAGAAGAGAAGACAUUCCUCCCUCCCCUCCCCCUCGCUAUCUGUCCAUCUUCAUCCAGCCCUUUCUUUCAUGGAGAGGAAUUAUCCCGCCGCAGGCUUCGGAGACCUGGGGGCUGGGACGGGAUGGAGUUACGACAGAUCGGCCAAAGCAAGCCUCGUGUAUGGGAGCUCCAGGUCGUCCCAUCCAGAUUCAGAGCUGCUCCACCGGCAAGCCUAUGGCACCCCUCACCCCCUCCAGGGAUACACAACCAACCACCACCCAGGAAGCUCCAGGCAGGGCGGGGGCUGGGGUGCUGCUGGACGCACGCUUGGCCUAUCGGGACUGUUUGAUGCCAGCCUCCACCAUGCCAGCCCCUCGGGUCCUGACCCCUCCGUCAUGAAUCUGAUUUCAGCUCUGGAGUCCCGGGGUCCACAGCCCCCACCCUCUGCUUCCUCUCUCCUCUCUCAGUUUCGUACUCCCUCUUGGCAGACUGCAAUGCAUACACCGGCCCCAGCGGAGCUCUUUAUUUCAGGGGCUCUUCCGGGUUCCAGCUCCUUCCCCUCCUCCUCAGCCCUUUCUGCAUACCAGCAUCCUGGCUCCUUCUCUGGACGAUCUUUCACUCCCUCACUAUCCCUGCAGGACACGCCUACAUUUAGCCCGACUUCCAAUGGUUUACUAUCCCCCCAUGAUCCCCUGCUGCACAUCAAAACACCCUCCCAGUCCAGCUUGGGCUUUGAUCGCUUGCUGUCUUCCCAGAGUGCCACCUACCGGGGCUCCCAGGAGCCUCAGGCCCCUCCUCAGGCCCAAGCCCCUUCCACCUCCUCCAGUUGCCACCUGCCCCCUUCCCAGUUCAAUCUGUUGUCCUCCCAGCUCCACAACCAGUCCUCCCAGCUUUAUAAUGCCUCCAUGUUCUCUUCCACAACAGCCCUGCCGCCCACGGCCCCUCCUCUGCCCCAGCCUCCUCCAGAGAGGGCAGUUUCCCGGCAGGAUAGUGUGAUUAAGCAUUACCAACGCUCAUCCCCAGCCCAGUCCACAACACUCCCCCUACAGCAAUAUGUCAGCUGUGGUGGGUCAUCGAGCUACCAGCAAAUAGGCAGCCACCGCCGGCAUUCUGGAGUGUCCUGCAGUCCCCUGGGGGACCAGAGCCCAUCCUCUGACCCCAAGCCCACACCACGGAUGGAAUCCAAGACGUAUCGACCUAUCAUCCAAACUCCUUACACAUCCUCGUCCUCCAGCUCCUCAACCUCCUCCUCAUCAGGCACUAAGGAAGCCAAGAGUUCCAGCUCUAGUAGUGGCUACUCCUCUUCGGGCUCAGCAUCAUCCUCUUCCCGUACUCCACACACUCCACCAUCAGCCUCCUCCGCCUCCUCUUCAUCCUCUUCUAGUUCCAAGACAAGCACAGGCUCCUUGUCUGCUCCCUCUCGUCAGCAGCCCCCACCUCAGUCAGCACCGGCACCACCUCCUCUACCAGUGGUGUCAUCCACCCUUGCUCAACAGCCAGCACCCAAACAAUGCCUUUCCACCUAUGGCUCUUCGUCUGUGGCCAAAUCUAGUACAGGCCUACCAGACCAGACCCCUCCCCAGCAACAUGCCCAGUCCUACUCUCCCAACCAGCCUCCAUCUACACACAUGGCCCAGUCCUAUGGAGGCUUCAACUCACCUCAUGCCCAGGACCUGAGCUCUGGGGCAGGGGGCACUGGAGGGAAGGCCUUCACUGGUAUAGGCUCAGGGGGACGCUCGUUUUCUGCAGAAAUAGUCUUUGGGGACUCAAGCUUUGGCUCAGCUUCUCAUAGAAGAGCAGGCAGUCCUUCCUUAGGUUAUGGGAGUGCUGGAGGAUCAACAGGAAGUGGACCCAUAUCAGGAGCUGCUACACAUGGCAGUGUAGUUGGAUCUGCAGGAUCAGGGAGCGGGGCUGCUAGUGUUGGUAAUGGAGGCAGCAGCUCUUACCACCUGCCUGAGUCUAGUUCCUCGCCCUCCAUAAAUCCUACUAUUAGUCGCCCUGGAUUGCACUCUCCUGCUUCUGCUCGCCCUGCACAGUCCCCUGGAGGUUCAGGGGCCACCAAAUACUUGUCCUCCAUCCUCACUCCUGCUUUUAUGUCCUCACCACAAGGUUUCCCUGAUACACGGCAAGCACAGAGCCAGUCCUACCACUCAACACCACCCAAGCCAAAAACAGAGACCAACAUGCUGGGAGUUGAGCGAUCCCAAGAUGUGGAAGAGGAUGAUGAUGAUUUCCUCAUCCACCACUUACUACAUGCCCAGAGCUCAACUUCCCAUCAAUCUCAGCAUCACCCACCUCCUCAGCAAUUACCCCAGUCGCACCCACAGGCUAGGGAUGGGGAAGGCAAGGGGGUGACCUAUGACAUUAACAAGAUCUCAGAAGAGCGCUACCACCUUCAGAGUGUCAUUCGCACCAAUAACACCACCAGCAGCUCAGGUCCUGGAACGGCAAUUGGUGAUGCAGCAAGUGGCUUAAACAGUCAGUUGGAAAUAUCACAGAAGAAACAGCAGCAGACCAAGUCAGAAUUGACCAUAUCAAAGUCCACUGCUGGAGGGGUAGGAGGGGUCACUGACUCUCUUUCCCAUACUACCCACUCCCAUCAACAACAGCUUAACUCCCUGGGAUCUGUGGUCCAUUAUGGAAGAGGGGACCCCUACACACAGCACCCACACUCCCAACAUUCCCAUCACACCUCACAUGUGUCCACACACGCUCAGCAACACUCUCGGCAUACCCAGCACACACAGCACUCUCAACAUUCUCAGCAUAGCCAUCCCCAUUCCCACUCACACAGCCACCCUCACAUGGAGCUGAAGAAGCCUUCAGAUGCAAAUGACAAUGCCUACUUGUGUAACACACCAGAUGUGCAGCAGGCUCGACAAAGCCAGGUCCCCCUCUCUCUGAUGGAUACGCCACCAGACCCUCCCCAGCAAACUCACAUGCUGCAGUCUGUCCUUUCCCAUACCACCCGCACCAAGAUGGACCCCCAACAAGCCCCUCCACAGCAACAGCAGCAGCAGCAGCAGCAGCAUCCUUUGAGCCAGCAGGCUAUGAUAGGUUCAGCCGGAGGAGCAGGUCCUGCUGGGGUGGAAUCCCACCCACAGAACCAGUCCUCACAGUUGCAACUCCAGCUCCAGACUCAGGGUAUAGAUACCCACUAUAGCCUUGGAGCCCAGCCAAGAGAUCAAACCCGAGCCAGUCAGAACUCAGUGUCUCCGCUAGAAAUGCUAGAACAAUCACUUUCCCGGACAAACAGCAGAGACAGCGGAGGAGCUCUGGACAGAACUGUGGUUGGGGUGAAUGUUACAGGAGGGGAUGGAGGUGGUGGAGACAGACAUAGACAGCAGCACAGACUUACACCCCACCACCAUCCCCAACAAACAGCCUCUGAUCUCCAUGACUUCCUCUCUGAACCAGAUAUGGGCUUGUCCACCCCCUCACACCUGCACCACCUCAACCAACCACAGGCCCAUGCCCACCCCCAUGCCCACCACCAACAGCAAGCACACACUCACCAUCAGCUGUCACACUCUCAGUUAGCUCACCCACACUCCCACCGGAUGGCAGCAAAUAUGGGAACUCCGCAACAACAGCAACAGCCCCAACAAAGAGAGCCUGAAACCCAGCUGUCACACUCCCAGUUAGACCAGCUCAAACAGCACCAGUUUGACACAGUGAGCCCAGUGGGUGAAGUACAGAAUCAAGCUCAGCAGCAGCAGCAACAGCAGCAGCAGCAGCAACGGUUUGCGCCUCUAACAUCCAUCUGCUUUCCAGACUCUCUCUUACACGAUGAAGACCGCUCUUUCUUUCCUGAGAUGGAGGACAUGUUUUGUUCAGCUGAUUACAAGUCAAGCUGUGCUGGGGAUUCAGGGGCAGGACAGGCUGCUCAAGAAAGCCUUACCCAGGGUCAUGGGCAGGGGCAAGAGGGUAUGGAGGCCUUAAAAACAGGAGGUGCUGGAGAGGGCUAUGAUAUAGUUGGUCAUCAUGGUGAUCAAGGCUAUGGACAGUACUGCCACAGCCUUCCAGGAACAGGAAAUGGCAAUCUGCACUUAGACCUUGACUCUAUGAAGACCCAUGAGCUUCCCUCCACUGUGAAUACUGACCAGCUUGGCCUCAUCCAAUCCCAAACUACUACCAUGGGAAUGAGUUCAGCAGUUCAAGGGGAGAGCUCAGUCAACAAGAUGAUGGGAACUGUGGGAGUGGGUGGAAGUUCAAGCACUACUAGUUUGACCUCACCUAUCUUCUGUUCCUCUCGACCCAAGAAACUGCUGAAGACCAGCUCAUUUCAUUUACUCAAACAGCGGCGUGAGCCACAACCUCAAACAAAGAAAAACUAUGCGCAGGAGUACGAAUUUGAGGACGAUGAGGAUAAAGCUGAUGCUCCAGCUGAUAUUCGCCUCAACAGUCGACGCCUUCCUGACCUGCUCCCUGACUUGGUGUCUAGUUGUAGGAAGGCUGGUGGGGCAUCAGGAGUAAGUGGGCUCAGUCCACUGAUGGGUGACAUGGACUUCUGCCACCCCUCCAGCUACUCUUCCCUUGGACACCCUCCACAACUCCUCCCCAACGAUGGACCUAAAAAAAGAGGCAGGAAACCAACUAAACCAAAACGUGAAGGCCCUCCUCGCCCACGAGGUAGACCACGCAUACGUCCUCUUCCAGAGCCUCCUUACUGCAGGGGGCUGAUGGGAUCAGUGGCUGGAGAAAGUAGGAGGGGUCGCGGGCGGGGUCGAGGGCGAGGCAGGAGGGAGGAAGGGCUUGUGGAAAUGCAUCAAGAUAUGAACAAAGCACAAAGCCUCCCAUAUCACCAUCAGCAGCAGCAUCAACAGCAACAGUUCAGCCAACAGCAGCAUCUCCAACAGCAUCCACACCAACAUCACAGACAGCAGGCAGACCACCACCAAGCACCACAACAACUGCAACAACAGCAUCACCUGCAACAUCAGCAGCAGCAUGUUUCCUGUCCUCACCACCAACCGCAUCAUCAACAGCAGCAACAUCAACAACAUCAUCAUCAGCAACAACAGCAACAAUCCCAGCAGCCGCAGCAGGAUCCAAUCAGACCUAUCAAGAUCAAACUGCCUGUUCCGACCAUGCUUCCAUCAGAAUCCUUGUUGAGGACAGACUCACUGUCCAGCACCGAGCCAGUUCUGUCUGAUGGAUCAGUGGGGUCAGCGCCAUCUCUGGGCCUGAGUCCUGGACCCAGCACCGCCAUGGACAUCAGUAGAAAUGAGCUGAACCAGACUCAAGACAAGAUGAUGAAUCAGCAGAAAGCUGGAGAGAUGGCGUGGAAGAAAGAAAUUGAUGAUCCACUGAAUCCUGAAGCCUGGGCUGCUAUGCAGAAACUCUCCAGUUCAGCUGAUGAGAAGGCUUUCGACUUCAAACCUGGCUUCAUGGCCUCUUUUUUGGACUUCCUGAAGACAGGCAAAAAACAGUCAGGCCUUGAACUGGGACAUGAUGGAGGCGAGCAGGAAGCCCUGAACCCAUGUUCCUCUCUGAAGGGAGGGAUCAGGCCCUUUUCCCCGCCUCCUCCUCCCCUACCACCAACUCCUCCACAGCAGCCUCCAGGAACAUUCAGCGAGGGAGGGCAGGGCGAGGGAGCGGACCUGGCUCUCAGCAGCUGCCCAAGUCCCUGCAAGCCUCUGGAUGAGGAGCUAAAAAGGAACCUGGAGACGCUGCCCUCCUUCUCCUCUGAUGAGGAGGACUCAGUCAGUAAGAACCAGGACCUGCAGAAGAGCAUCUCAUCUGCCAUUUCUGCCCUUUAUGACACCCCACACUCUUUGGCUGCUGCAAUGGCUUCUGCCAUGGUCAAGGCCCCACCCACUCUGUCCCCGCCUACCCCACAGGAACCGCCACUCAGCCCCCCUCUCCCUGCCAUGCCUCCCCUCAUCCCCAGUAUGGAGAACGGAAAAGAGGAGGUGCUCACGUACCCUCAGCAUCACACACAGGACAAGGAAGAACAAAAAUUGGUCCCCCCACAGUCGAAAAGAGAAGAAGCAGAGGAGAGGGAGGUUGAGCAAGGAGGAGAAGAGGAGGAGGAGGGAGGAGGGGAGACUGCAGAAAAUGAAGAAAUAAUGAGAGAAUCACAGAAUCUGCAGCAGGGAGCCCUGGAAGAGCAGGAGGAAGUGGGGGAGGAAGAGGAGGAGGAAAGGAUGUCUGAAGUGCAGAUUUUGGAGGUUCCUAAGGUCGAAGAUUCUCCAUCAGGAGCUGUGCUUGCUCCUGCACCUCCAUCCCCAUCACCGUCCAUCUCCCCCUCACCACCCAUCUACUCUACACCCUCGCCCCUCCCUCCCCUGUGUCUCUCCGUGCCCUCCCCACAGCCGAUCCAGCAGGAUGAGGAACAGGUGAAUCCAACUUAUCCUCCUUCUGAGCAGCAGCAGCAGCAGCAGCAGCAGCAGCCCUCCUACCAACUGGCUCCAACUGCAGGCACCUCCCCACCCCCGUCCACCUCCCCCCCGGCCAUCCCGUCCUCACCCCUCUCCAACCUUCCCCUGGGCCAGUCCAUCCCCCCUCCGUCCACCACACCUCCCCCAUCAUCCUCUGAUCAGGACCAGGAACCUGAAGCUGGACAGCCUUCCCCCUCCUCAUCAUCCUCUUCCUCACCCUCUUCGUCAUCCUCUCCGCCACCAUCACCUCCAACCCCGGAAGAGACCCCAGCAUCCCAGCGUCUUACCUCCCUCCACCUGGCAAAGAAGCAGGCCGACGCCGCCAUAGCUGGGGAGAGUGAAGAGGAGGACAGUGAGAGCGGAGGCGAGGGAAUCUUCCGUGAACGGGACGAGUUUGUGGUUCGAACUGAGGACAUUGGGACUCUUAAGAUGGCCUUGCAGACAGGCCGGGAGCCCCCACCCAUCUGGAGGGUGCAGAAAGCCUUGCUCCAGAAAUUCAGCCCAGAGAUCAAAGAUGGUCAAAGGCAGUUCUGUGCAACCAGCAAUUAUCUGGGUUACUUUGGUGAUGCCAAAAUGCGCUACCAGCGUUUGUAUGUGAAGUUCUUGGAGAAUGUCAACAAAAAAGAUUAUGUCAGAGUGUGUUCUCGAAAGCCGUGGCAUAGAGCCGGUCUGACUCUGAGGCGCCAGUCACUACCUAAACAGCUGGCCACCAUUCACAAUCAAACCCCACCUGUGGAGAGAGACGACAGAGAAAAGGAGAGACAGAAAGAGAGAGAGCUGAAGGAGCAGAGAGAAAGAGAAAAAGAACAAAGAGAGAGGGAGCACAGGGAGAAAGUAGAAAAAGAGCAGAAGGAGAGAGAGAGGAGAGAGAGAGAGGAGAGAGAGCAAAAAGAGAAGGAGAAACAGGAGAGGGAGCAGAAAGAGAGGGACAGGAAAGAAAUAGAAAAGAUGGAGAGGGAGCGGAGAGAAAAGGAGAAAGAAAUGGAAUGGGAGAAAGAGAGGGAGAGUGAAAGAAGGGAGAAGGAGCAGAAAGAGAGGGAGAGAAGAGAGAAAGAGCAAAAGGACAGGGAGAGAAGAGAAUGUGAGAGAGAGCUGAAAGAGAGGGAGAGAAGGAACAGGGAGCAAAGAGAGAAGGAGAAACAGGAUAGGGAGCGGAAAGAGAGGGAAAGACAGGAGAGAGAACGAAAAGAGAGGGAGAGACAGGAGAGGGAGCAAAAAGAAAGCGAGAAACGGGAGAGAGAGCAGAAAGAAAAGGAAAAAAAGGAGAGGGAGCAAAGUGAAAGGGAGAGACAGGAGAGAGAGCAUAAAGAGAGGGAGAAACUAGAGAGGGAGAGAAGAGAGAAAGAGGGAGAAAAGAGAGAACGGGAGCGGAGAGAAAAGGAGAAACAGGAAAGGGAGCGGCGAGAGGAGAGAGAACAGAAGGAGAAGGAAAGAGAGAAAGAGAGGGAGGAGAAAGAAAAGGAGGGAAGAGAGAGGGAGAAAGAGAAGGAGAAACAAAGGGAUCAGGAGAAAGAGAAGAGGGAGAGAGAGGCGCGAGAGAGGAGAGAUGGCACAGUGGAGUUUGCAAGGUUGAAGGAGGAGAAGAGAGGAGGAGAGAAGAAGAUGGAGCGUCAGUCCAGAGCCAAGACUUCAAAGGACAAGGCAGAGCCUCCUCCCAAGAAGAGGAAGAAGUGGCUGCAGGAGGUGCCAUCUUCCUCCUCUGAGUCUGACUCCUCCCCUCCCAGUGAUGACGAAGGGCCCAUGCGGGCUGGAGCUAACAGCCGAGCCAUGAGGGAGAUGUUCAGGAGCUACGUGGAGAUGCUGGUCAGCACAGCACUCGACCCUGAUAUGAUCCAAGCACUGGAGGACACUGAUGAUGAGUUGUACCUCCCACCCAUGAGGAAAAUUGAUUGCCUGCUCAGUGAACAGAAGAAGAGGUUGUUGAGGAGAGUCAACAUGAGUGCUCAGCACCAGGAGGCUUUAAAUAUAUUCCCCAAAAUGACAGCAGACCCACUGGAAUCUGGAGUUGUCAAAGUUCAUCUUGGUGGGGAGGGUUACAACCGCAAAACCCUCAACCGAGUCAAGAGGAGUAUUCCUAAACAACAGGAUCUGAAGCUCUCAAUUGAAACUUGCCGGAUCUACAGUCUGUAUCAUUCCCUUCACCACUACAAGUAUCACACCUUCCUGCAUUGCAAGAAGGAGACGGACAGUAUUGAGCAGGCAGCAGAGGACCCCGGCCAGGAGGAGGUGGUGCAGCAGUGCAUGGCUAACCAGGGCUGGCUGGAGAGCCUCUUCAACUCCUUCAUGGAACUGCUAAGCCUCAGUGCCAAGGCCUGAAGGAGGACAGCAGCCCACCAAACUCACACAUCCACCUACAGUAUUAAGUAGAUGGAGGCAUCCAGAGUUUGUGAAACAAAAGAGUCACACUACAGAAACUGUAUGGAUGCUAGUAGUGCAAUGGUUCCAGCGAGAACAGCCACUGUUGGUUUAACUUUUAAAGUAUUUGUUUUAUUAUUGAGUCCAUUUUAAAGUACCUCUUGAUUUCAAGAAACCUAUUGAAAGAUGGAGGGUAGCGAACUAUGUGAAUGUGAUGGAUUUUCCUCAAAAGUUUGUCAAGACCUACAGAAUACUGACAGACACAUACAAGCUGUCUAAGUACGUCUUGUCAACUAUGGUUUGUAUAAUUUAUACAAGGACAUUUCUAAAACUGACCGUCCUAAGAUGGGAUUGUUUGCUGUUAUUAUUUUUGAAAAAUGUUUUAAAGGGGUAUACAUAAAUUGGCCCACCUGCAAUUUUGUGCUUCUAUCAGACUGACAGAGGUAAAACUAGAGUUGAGUGAGAGAGAAGUGAGGUUUAAAAGGACUAUGUGAUAGUCUCUUGUUUCUACCUGCCUCAGUUAGAAUGCAGUUGAUAUUGAAGGGAAAUGUGUUUAAAACUAAGCUGUGUUAUUUCUGUUUGCUCUCCAAAAGACAACGAGAAAGAGGAUUUAAUGCCUGCAACGACGAGGAACGAAAAAAUAAAGCACGACUUUCUUAAAGGAAGUGUGAGGUGAAAUGAUCCAAAAGCAUAAAUGUCAGUGUUUAAUGUUAGUCAUUUUUAUCUGUUUGCUGUUGAUGGAUAUUUCCUAUUAUUUGACCUCUCAGAGGAUAUUCUUUCAGAGCAAUUUUGUUGUUUUGGUGUGUAAAUAUUGUACAGCUAUUUCAUUCUCUAGUUCCCAGUUGCUCUUCUGUACAUGAAAUUCCUGUAUUUGACAUAAUGAAAUAAAACUGUUCAAAUGACAAAUGUGAUGAUGAA